UAAAAAAAAACAAUGUGGGUAACAAUGCUAAUGUUGUGGAGUGUUGAGUGGGCUCUAAAAGUUUCAUGUUUUUUACUCAACAAGUCAAGGAUGCUACAGCCGACUGCAAAAAUAGGGAGAGUGUCAGUAAGGAAAAUAUGUUAAUUAUCCACAUAACAUGAUCAUAUUCAGUGCUGCAUGCUGUGUGUUUUUACUAUCAGUUGUUAGGAAUUAAGCAAAGGAGGGAAAGUACUGUAAAAGCGUAGUGUGCAUGCAUAACUUAGAGCUGCAUAGAUCUAAAUGGUUAAAAAGGGGUUCUCUGCUAGAGAGGAGGAGGGGAGAGUAAGAGUGCAUUCCCAAAAAAGUACAUUCCCAAAAUAAAAAGCUUACAUCAUGGACCUCUUCAGCUUUCCCACACUUCUUUCCUAAUUAUUGUCCUGCAGGACAGCUGAUCUAUUUCAAACAGGAAGCUGUUUACAGAUAACACUUGCAACUGUGUUGUCUGAUUUGUUGAACUGUCGAAAAGCAAAAGACAACCUCUUUCAAAUUAAAAACUGUCAGACUUCUGUAAACAGCAGCAAUGAGGUUCAUCUGUGCAGUGUCCCUGCAGGCACAGAGUGUUCUGCAGUUUUCUCAGCAACCGUAAGGAGUCAGUGACCUGUAAGUGCUCAUUAUGAAGAGAGAUCUGGUUUUCUUGGUGACUCUAAUUAGCCUUGCCUUCCUGUCACUGCUAAGGUCUGGAUAUCCUCAACAUAUUGCAGAGGAGUCCUGCUCUGUUCAGAUUCUUGUCCCAGGCCUCAAAGGGGAGGCUGGAGAAAAGGGGGAGAAAGGUGCUCCAGGUCGUCCAGGUAGAGUUGGCCCUCCAGGAGAAAAAGGAGAAAUGGGAGACAAGGGACAGAAAGGCAGCAUGGGACGGCAUGGAAAAAUUGGUCCUAUUGGUUCAAAAGGUGAAAAGGGAGAUAAUGGUGACAUAGGACCACCAGGGCCUAAUGGUGACCCAGGCAUCCCCUGUGAGUGUAGCCAGCUAAGGAAGGCUAUUGGUGAAAUGGAUAUCCAGGUGGCCCAGCUGACGACAGAACUAAAAUUCAUAAAAAAUGCUGUUGCUGGUGUGCGUGAGACAGAUAAUAAGAUUUAUCUGCUGGUGAAGGAAGAAAAAAGAUACAAGGAAGCCCAGCUCUACUGCCAUGGAAGAGGAGGGACGCUGAGCAUGCCCAAGGAUGAGAAUGCCAACAAUCUGAUUGCCUCGUACAUCAACCAAGCUGGGCUCACCAGAGUUUUCAUUGGGAUUAACGACCUAGAGAAAGAGGGAAAUUUUGUCUAUUCUGACCGGUCACCCAUGCAGACCUUCAACAAGUGGCGCAGCGGGGAGCCCAACAAUGCCUACGAUGAGGAGGACUGUGUGGAGAUGGUGGCAUCUGGAGGGUGGAAUGACGUUGCAUGUCAUAUUACCAUGUAUUUUGUGUGUGAAUUCGAUAAAGAGAAUGUGUAAGCUUGUUGGCUCUUUAUUUUAAGAAAAGUUUUUAAGCAGGUUGAAUAAGUUAGCCCAUGUUUAUAGAGUACAAGAAAUAUUUUACACAUAUGUGACAUCAGUAUUGUACAGCUGUAAAUACAAUUUAGGUAUUUCAAAUAUCGGUAUUUACCCUUCAGAAGGGAAGAGCACUGAUGAGUAAGAUAUAGAUUGUUUUUUUCUGUAGGAAAGUGUAUGUAUUUAGAGAAAACUGUAGUUUGGGGCUAAAUUCUGCCCUCAAAGCAUUUAACAUGUGAUGGUGUGAAUUUGGCCUCUAGUUUUCAGAGUGAUCAUUUUUGAAGAAAUAGAUUCUUAAUAUUCUUUUAUCUUAGCAAAUUUAAUAGUUAUAAAUGUUAAUUGCUUGUAGCACUACAGGGACUCUCCAGCAAGAAGGCGAAUAAUUUGUAUACUCCAGUUAAUUAGCACAAAUAUUACUGUAAGUUUUUUUGGAUGUAAAGGUGUUACAACUCUAUUUCUUCUUUUUUUUUUUUUUUUUAAGUAGCCAAGCCUGGUCAACAAAUCAAGAGUCCUGCCAAUUUUGUACAGUUUCUUUAUUAAAAUUUUCACAGAUAUAUCAUGAGGAGGCCCUUCAGUAAACAGUUUUAGUGCUGGCAGAGGAUUAACUUCAUGUAAUUCAGUACAGAAAGAGGGAUCCAUGUCAGAUGAGUGCUUUGGGAUUGGGUAAAGGUAACAGAUUUUGGUUUUCUGCUAUCUUUAGUUGAAAAUGAUUCAGUGAAUGAACUGUUUAAGGCCUCAAUUUUUUAAGUGUUUCCCGUUUGUUAAAUAUGAUCUUGGUAUAUCAUAUUACAAAACAAAACACUGAUCCUUCACUAUUUAAGGCAAAUUACAUUAGUGGACAACAAAUCUCACAGAAGUGGUUUAGCUAAUUGUUUUGGCAGGAAAACAGCCUAUAUAGUGACUCAGAUUGCGAGAGUGACCUCUUGAAAAGCAGCAAAAUUGCCCAAAAUUCUCCUGUUUAUGUAUAUAGCAAUAAUGUGAUUUUGCACAAUUAAUUUAUGUACUCAAUUUACAAUUGCAUAUGAUGGAAAAUGUGAUGUAUAUUUUAAGAAGUCAGCAACAUAAUUUCACAAAGGAAAUGAAUUACUUUGGAUCUUCCUAGGAGCCAGUUGCAUGACAUAUUAUUCUCACUGUUAGGCAUAGAAAGAUGACUACAAAAUCUCAGACCUUUUUUUUUCAGGAAUACCCUACACAAUGUUUUAUGCUGUUUUUUAAGGAGAAAUGUCCCUUUGUAUAACAUAGCAAUCAGUAUACUUAUCUGAUAAUUAUGGCGGAUUGGUCUACAAAGUAUCCAGAUUGGAUCUUGCUUGUGGUUCCACAGCAAGACAAGACCAACUGAAAUCAACGCUAAAGUGCCGUGGUACAUAACCAGCAGUCAGAUAAUUCUGUUCAUAUCCACAGUCUAACAAUAUUUGGUGUGAUGCUAUUAUUAAAUACCUAAUAAAACAAACUAUUUUGUUUGAUAUAUUUACUCUGUGAAUUUGAAUCCAUUAUACAUAUGUUUGAUACCAGUGUUGAAGAUCAGUAGCAGAUUCCUAUGGUUUUGAAUAUCUCAGCUCCAGAGCAACCAUUCUAAGAAACAAAUGGUUCUUUGACUGCUUCACCUUCUUUCUUAUGAAGCUAGGCAUGACUCCUAUAUAUUAGGCUUUCUUCAGACUGUGUUUUGAAAUCUAGUAACAUGAAUAUGCUUCACCAAUACUCAAGACUCUUUACAGAAUUUACAGUGGAAAAAAUAGUUGGUUAGAGUAGUAAUUUUUGAAUAUCAUGGUUAUAUCCUGCCCGCUAUAGAAAUCCUCAGGAACCCUUCAAAUCUCAAGCAUACUUCUGUCAAAUAAUUGCAUCUAUAUUAAGAAGACUAAGCCUGAGUUACAGAUAUCUGGAGUUCCCUCAUUAUGCACUUACUGAAGAUGCUAGUCAUUUUUCACUCAGGCUUUGCAAGUCUCUGCUGUAACAUUUGCUUUCCUCAGAAACAGACCUUUUGAGGAGGUGGGAAGAUUUUUCAGAUGCCCAAAACUUCUGUUUUACUUCUGAAAGCCACACCAAAUUUGUGAUGAUUGACUUGACAUGUAAGACAGUCCAAAUUUCAAUUAAAAUAUGAAAAAAAAAAAAGGAAAUGUAAAAAACAUUUAUUUCACCCAGUUUUCAUGUUGACCAGGAUAUGUUUUUGCAAAUCUUGAAACAUGGAAAGGAAAUGAGUUGUUAGAGGUUUGUAUAUUCUCUUAUUCUCCUGUCUGCUACAGUUCUGGUUUCACUGUUUGGAUGCGGGGUGGAAGACUGUUACAUAAGAUGUCUAGCUAUCCUGCAAGAAGCGAAGAUGACACAUUUGAUAUUUACCCCUGUGUGGAACUGGGCAAGAAAGAAAGAGAGCUUGGAAGUGACGGAGCCCUUGAUCAUCUCUCUCACCUUCCAGUUGCUGACCCACAUAGACAGGCCAUUGCUGGGGGCAGAAAUCAACGAUCAGUACGGCUCUCAGACUGCACAAAUCCUGCUGAAGUGCAAGGUGCUCUCAGUAGAAUUUGGAGCUACUGUUAUCAGAAAAAAUCACAUCAUAAAUUAGUUUUGUUUGGAGCAUUUUCCAUGUGCAUUAAAACCUGCUUUGUUAGAUCAUUACUCAUUCUGUGUGGCUCUACAGAAGCUUUUUGAAUGUGUCUGUAUGGCAAAAAUGUGUACUGACAGGUUUCCCAAACUGCUCUUACAUUCUUUACUCUUACCCUAAAAGUUUGCCUUUGAAAGAAACAAUAAAAGCU